AUGGUACUGAUAGAGAAACGAAAAAAAGGUCGUUGGACAGCUGAGGAAGAUAAACUAUUAAUGCAAAGUAUUGAAGAGGAACCUGAUCCAGAAAACCCAAAUUGGGCGAAUAUUGAACGAAAAUUUGCUGGAAAAAGAAGUACGAAGCAAAUUAGAGAGAGAUGGUCCAGCCAUCUUGCACCAUCAAUCGAAAAACGACAGUUUAACGAUGACGAACGAAAAAUCAUCGACGAAGAAUUCAAAAAGAAUAAAUUCAAAUGGGCAAAAAUUGCUUCUAAGUUAGAGAAUGCUACACCAUUAAUGGUCAAAAACUUUUGGAAUAAUAGGCUUAAGAAAAGGCCUAUUAUUGUUAGACAUCCUACAGAUUCCUCUUUCGCGGAACCGUCCACUCCAGUUCAAGGGUUUUCGAGUGGACCAG